GCGAAACAUAAACCGCCAUCGCCGAUCCACCAUUUUGUCGCAAGACACUGACCACCAAUCCAUACACAGACAGACCACUUCUCCAAACCACUGCUGCUGCUGCUGCUUCACACAAAGACCCCAAACACCAGCCCCAUCGCCAGCCAUGACUGAUGCGCAACAGAACUUCAACAAGGCUGGCGUGCCUACGCUGUCCUUCUUUUUCCUCAUCGCCAUGGGCGCUGUGCUCUUCUACAUGAUCAAGAGCCUGACCCCACGCAACGCCGUCUCCGGCCGCCUCGCUUUGUUUGUCAAGGGCCUGCAAGUUGCAUGCGGUUUGCAGGUGAUUACAGGCCUGUUCAUGGUCUUCUCCGCUGCACAGAACACGGGCAUCACGCUGAUGAUCAUUCCUCUCCUCGGCAUCUUCGCUCUUCACUCUCUGGACCCCAACCUGCUGGUGCUCUACUCUGCGCUGCAGUUCUACAUCCUGAGCAUAAUCUCGGGCCUUCCUGACGCCUUCCAGGCUGCUGGCGCCUGCACCACCAAGUUUGGCGACAACGACUACUGCAAGUCUGGCUGGCGCUCCUUCCUGACCUUCCUUGCCGUGCUCUACCACUUUGUGUCGCUCGUGCAUGCGCUGGCCCACUUUUACUUCUUCAUGACCUUCCACACGGGAGCCCUGGAGUACACGUCCCCGGGUGGCAUCUACGCCCCACUCGUCGCAGAGCAACCGCCGCAACCCACGCAUAAGCGAGAACGGGAGCAAGUGAGUUGGGAGACGUGA